AUCGGUCGUUAUUCUCAGGUAUUUACGCCCGACACGAGUCUUUUUCAUUAAUAAAUUAUGCUUUAUUAUUAAUGAGAUAUUGUUUUUAGAAGUUAACCGUAAUAUUUACAUUGGUUCACAUAUACUAAAUCUCUAUUCAAAGAAAGAACCACCAUAAUUGACCUGGAAGUUAGAGUUUUAGUUCGCUUUAAAACGAUCUAUAAAUAAAAGUGGUAGGUUUUUUUCUUCAAAUAAAUAAUGGAAAAAAACCUGGAAGUUAAAUUCCAACAUGUUAAAUACCAGUAUAUAUAAAAUCUUUCUGAUACAAAGUCAUCGUUUUAGGAUGGUUACUUUAAUUGGCAUUACAUUUUUGGUUUGUUAGCUUGACAUUUGGAUUAUUAAAGCAAAGACGGCUUGUGCUAAUUUAAGUGUACAUCGUAAAAAUCACGGCCAUAACCCAUUGACGUGAUUUAAUUACAAUUACAUGUAGUUACACAUACAGUUAUAAAAAUCCUUUAUAAUUUAAUUAGAUUUAUUGCAUCAUUAGUUUUAAAGACACAACACAUUUGAAAAUAAUUUAAAAGCUAAAAUUUAAUAUUUUGCAUAUUUGUACAUUGAAUUUAAAUAACCUUUUUAUAUAAAUUGAACAGACAUUGUAAGAUUACAUGAUCAAGGCAUUCAAAAAUUUUGCAUUUAAUUUAUAAAACCCAAAAUAGAUUAAAAAAAAUAUCAGAAAAAGCUGGUUAAGUAUGUGGUGAUUUCGAUUCUGUCAUCAUACAGUGUUAAACAAUACAUGCAGAGAUGUUCACCAAAGAACAGUUCACAAAUCUAACUUUAAUAAACACCUCUUUACCAAAUUUCUGCAUCUGGUCUAGCUACAAAGGCCCUUUAAACAUCUAGCAUUUCUAUUGAGUAAUUACAAAAACGUUUUUACACAAUCAAUAGUUAAAUUGUUGGAAAAAUAUACUUGUGUUCACUUUAUAUCAAUUUCACAACCGUCGUCGUUUAGCUAUAGAUGAUGUACACGUAAUGUUUGGCAAAUAUAGAUCUUAAACCAUGCAUAUUUAUUAUCCUGUACGUAUUUAUGAUGUAACCUCGAGUUCAGUGUUUUUCAGUAGCAGUCUUAAAUCAGCCGUGGUGUACGUCAGAUUGUGAAUUCCAGUUUUCUACAAAAUGCAGUUUUGUCCAAUUCUUUUGUUGGUUUUUAUUUCUUGGACCUGUGUCCAUUGCAUUUUACCAACUGAUCUUGUUUGUCCAAAUAGUGGAUCGGAAAUCCUUAUUGAUGGCAUUGGUAUGGAGUCGCAGAAGUUCAGAUUUCCAGCAGUCGGCACUAUAGGAUUCCCGGCGAGUUUUGUUUGCAAAUGGACCUUCAAGGCUCAGCCAGGACUCCAACUUUUGUUACAGAUAAGGGGUGCGACGAUAGAGGAUGGGGAAACGAUAGAAGUAAUAGAUACAAAUAAUGAUGUCCUUUUGGAGGAACUCGGACCAAAGACAGGUCUAGAUUUUGAAAUGGCUACUUCUACUGGUGAUUCCUUGACGGUCAGACUAACUACAGACAGUAGUACAGGAACCACAGAGGAGAUGUUCAUCAAUGUCAUUGCCGGCACAGAUUCAGGUAUUUGCCCAGGUACAACAAUCCUAUCUGCUUCGGACACUACCCAGUCAUUGACGUCGAGUAAUUUCCCUGAGCAAUACGGAAAGAAUGAAGAAUGUGACGUCACCAUCUUUGCUGGGAAGGGUAAAGCGGUGAACUAUACUUUUGAAUUCACAAAUAUGGAGGAAUUUGUGCCAUCACGUAGACGACGGACCUGUUAUGAUACCAUUGAAGUAUUUGACGGUUCCUCGACAGACAAUACGUUGUUCGACAGCUGUGAUCCGUUCUUUCCUCAAAACUUUGGACUCAGCAGUGGGCAAAGUCUGCGAGUUCGAUACAAAACUGGGGCUCUUUUUGAAGAACAUGGGUUUCUUCUCCGAUACAAACAACAAGACGUGGAUGAGUGUGCUGCGGAACCAGGACCGUGUUCCGAGGACGCUACCUGCAUCAACACCGACGGAUCUUUCCAGUGUGUCUGCAAAUCCGGCUUCACAGGCGACGGAGUUCAAUGUGAAGCAACAACGCCAGUGAUCCGCAAGUUCAUCGUCCCCCUUGUGGCCUCUUCUGUUGGGGCCGGUCUCACGGGGGCAGGGCUACUGUUUACACUCUACGUCCUAGCCAAUGCAGCGGGAAAUUCCUUAUAAGGUGGUGUGGUAAAUGCUGGAUAAGCAAUGUUGCAUUACCAUUUAUAGGAAAUAAAGUCCUAUGUCAACGCAUAAUUUGUUGUUUGUUUUCGUUUCUAUGCAGA